UUUUAGAAAUCUUUUAUGGAGUUUGACCAGAAACGGCCAGCGUGUCCGCUAAUCAGUAGUGCCCGGUCAUUUGAAGAGAGAAUCUCACGGAUAAAAGUAGGCGUUUGGAAGAUAAAUGCUGACACUGCAUUUCGGAACCUUCUGGAGCAAUCGAGAUUCAAAAUGGCGACCAGAUUUCCAAGCGGAGGGAUGAUGCAACCACAAAUCAUUUUACUGAAAGAAGGGACAGACUCUUCACAAGGUAUACCACAACUGAUCAGCAACAUCAAUGCUUGUGAAGUCGUUGCAGAUGCCAUACGGACGACCCUUGGUCCACGUGGCAUGGACAAGUUAAUUGUUGGUCCCGAUGGAAAGACAACCAUAUCAAAUGAUGGCGCCACUAUAGUCAAUCUUUUAAAUAUUGUCCAUCCAGCAGCUCGAACACUAGUAGAUAUUGCCAAGUCACAAGACGCAGAGGUUGGAGACGGUACUACUAGCGUCACAUUACUUGCUGUGGAAUUUUUAAGACAAAUCAAACCAUUGGUGGAAGAAAGUGUCCACCCGCAGGUGUUAAUAAAAGGCUUUCGUAAAGCUACCCGACUAGCUCUUGAGAAGAUUAAAGAAAUCUCUGUUCACAUCAAGAAGGACGAUAAAGAAGAAAUGCGUAAGCUUCUACAGAGAUGUGCAGAAACUGCUUUAAGUUCAAAGUUAGUCGCUCGCCAUAAGGAAUUUUUUGGUAAAAUGGUGUGCGAAGCUGUGAUGUAUUUGGACGAGUUGUUGCCCUUAAAUAUGAUUGGUGUAAAAAAAGUACAGGGUGGUGCACUGCAAGAUUCACAACUUAUUCAAGGUGUGGCAUUCAAAAAAACGUUUUCUUACGCCGGCUUUGAAAUGCAGCCAAAAAUAUACAAGAAUCCUAAAAUAGCGCUACUUAAUAUCGAAUUGGAGUUAAAAGCGGAAAAAGAAAAUGCUGAAAUUCGCGUGGAUAGUGUCGAGGAAUAUCAAAAAAUAGUCAAUGCAGAAUGGAACAUUUUGUAUGAAAAAUUAGAAAAAAUUGUUGCCAGUGGUGCGAAAGUUGUUUUGUCGAAACUUCCAAUCGGUGAUGUUGCCACUCAAUAUUUUGCUGAUCGCGACGUCUUUUGCGCCGGACGUGUGGUAGACGAAGACUUACGGAGGACGAUGAAAGCUUGCGGUGGCUCCAUCCAAACAAGUAUACACUCCCUCACAGAUGAUGUACUGGGUAGGUGCGAAGACUUCGAAGAAGUGCAGAUCGGAGGCGAAAGAUAUAAUUUAUUACGCGGUUGUCCCAACGCCAAGACUGUCACGUUAAUAUUAAGAGGCGGGGCUGAGCAGUUUAUUGAAGAAACUGAACGCUCUCUCCAUGAUGCUAUUAUGAUUGUUCGACGUGCUUUGAAGAACGAUGCUGUUGUCGCUGGCGGUGGAGCGAUCGAGAUGGAACUCAGUAAACACCUUCGUGACUAUUCUCGCAGCAUCGCUGGUAAAGAACAACUUAUCAUCUCUGCAUUCGCAAAAGCCUUGGAAGUCAUCCCGAGACAGUUAUGCGACAAUGCGGGCUUCGAUUCAACUGGUGUUUUAAAUAAACUAAGACAAAAACAUGCCACUGGAGGUGUAUGGUACGGAGUUGAUAUUUUAAACGAGGACAUCGCAGACAACUUUAACGCAUUCGUAUGGGAACCCGCCGUUGUUCGGAUAAACGCAAUUACUGCAGCGUCCGAGGCUGCCUGCUUAAUAUUAUCAAUCGAUGAAACUGUUCAAAAUCCUAAAUCCGACAUGAGCGGCGACGAUAAUCCGAUUACAGGAAAACGGGGUAGAAUGGCUGGUAUGGGAAGAUAAGAACGAAUUUCAGCACCGAAAACGGAUUAAACGGAACUUCGGGGGACGCCGCCAUUAGAUUGUCUUUCCAAUGUAAAUUUUUCUCCUAGUAAAAUAUGAAAAGUUAUUGUU